GGAAAAAUUCAUGAAGAAAUUGAUCGUGUGAUUGGCCGAGAUAGAAGUCCCUGCAUGGAGGACAGAAACAAGAUGCCUUACAUCAAUGCUGUGGUACACGAGAUACAGCGUUACAUUGACCUUGUUCCAACCAACUUGCCCCAUGCAGUGUCAGAAGAUGUUCAGUUUAGACAAUAUCUUAUCCCCAAGGGUACCACCAUCAUACCAUUACUGUCUUCUGUUCUGUAUGAUGAUGAAGAGUUCCCCAAUCCAGACCAGUUUGACCCCAGUCACUUCCUGGAUGAAAGUGGCAACUUUAAGAAGAGCGACUAUUUCAUGCCUUUUUCAGCAGGAAAACGGAUAUGUGCUGGCGAGGGCCUGGCUCGAAUGGAAUUAUUUCUGUUUCUUACUACCAUUUUGCAGAAUUUUACCUUGAAAUCUCCCAUUGACCCAAAAGAUAUUGACACCACCCCAGUUGCCAGUGGAUUUGUCAAAAUUCCUCCCUCCUAUGAGCUCUGCUUUCUACCUUCCUAAACAUGUGAAGGACCACCCCUGGUUCCAACUACUCUACAGUCUCCUCAUGUGCUAUGGACAAGCUGUAUUUAUUCCAUUGCCUGACAAUGAAAGUCCUCUAUGAUCUCAGCCCAAUAUACCUUUCUAGCAUAAUCUAAUACUCCCUUUCACUUUUACCAAAAUCAUGACUUCAUUUUCCCCAAUUCCCUGUUCCCCAGAAAUUCCCUGUUCCUAGAAUAUUUCUUCUCUUCAACUGCACUAAUUGUAAUCCUCCCCACACUUCACAUCACAAUUUAGAUGCCAUAUCCCUGUAACCUCUUUAGCACUUACAAUCUAUAUUACACAAU